GCAGAGCGAGGGGGCGCAAAAGCUGCAGCAUGGAGGGUCGCGACAGUAAGGAGCCGGAGCAGCUCAGGAAGCUCUUCAUUGGUGGACUCAGUUUUGAGACUACGGAGGACAGUUUACGAGCUCACUUUGAGCAAUGGGGCAAACUCACAGACUGCGUGGUCAUGAGAGAUCCUGCAAACAAACGUUCUCGAGGUUUUGGCUUUGUGACAUACUCCAGUGUCUCGGAGGUGGACGCUGCGAUGACAGCUCGGCCGCACAAAGUGGACGGUCGCAUUGUUGAGCCCAAACGAGCCGUUUCCCGAGAGGACUCUAAUAAACCCGGAGCUCAUCUGACAGUGAAGAAGAUCUUUGUUGGCGGGAUUAAGGAGGACACAGAGGAGUAUCACAUCAGGGAGUUUGAACGCUACGGCAAGAUUGAGACCAUCGAUAUCAUGGAGGAGCGCUCGACUGGGAAGAAGAGAGGAUUCUGCUUCGUCACCUUCGAUGAUCACGAUACCGUCGACAAAAUUGUUGCACAAAAAUAUCACACAAUCAACUCUCAUAACUGUGAAGUCAGAAAAGCUCUUCCAAAGCAGGAGAUGCAGUCCUCUUCCAAUCAGAGGUACCGUGGUGGAGGUGGUGGUAAUUUCACAGGCAGAGGAGGAAACUUUGGCAGAGGAGGAGGAGGACGAGGAGGAGGAGAUGGAUACAACGGCUUUGGCGGUAACUAUGGUGGUGGUGCUGGUGGAUAUGGAAGCGGCCGCGGAGGAUACGGUGGAGGUCCAGGAUAUGGAAACCAGGAAGGCGGAGGAGGCUUCGGAGGAUUUGACAACUACAAUGAUAGAGGAAAUUUUGGAGGUAACUUUGGUGGUGGUGGAGGCGGCAGCGGUGGAGGAGGAAAUUACAAUGACUUCGGGAAUUACGGAGGACAGCAGUCCAACUUUGGCCCCAUGAAGGGAAAUAACUUUGGCGGGAGAAACUCUGGACCUUACGGGGGUGGAGGAUACAGCUCUGGUGGUGGAGGUGGAGGCGGAGGCUCCAGGAGAUAUUAGCAGAUUUAUUGGAGUGGUAAGUUCAGCGCCACCACCGGAAAACAAAACACAGCCUCGGCAGACGCGUAACACAGGAUGACUUUUUACCCUGUGUCUGUUCAACAGGCCUCAGACCCCCAGUUAGAGAGAUGAGAGGAAAGAAAGACUUACUGAGAAACAGUGGUGUUUACCGUGGUGUUUAUCGUUAGCAGAGUGUAGUCAGACACUCCAGAAACUAGCCAAUGGACAUUCGCUUUUCUUGGUCCUCUUCUUCUUCCCUUUGUGACGUUUGUUGAGCGUGAAACACAAUAUUAUGUUAUCAAACCAACUGUAGACGGAGUUGUGAGUUGUUGUGAUGUUGUGGCCCUGAGUAUAUCGUUUGGUUUUAUAUUUUUGAGUUGAUUUGAUCUGAAGACAGUGAUGUUAUUAUUUUUUUGUCACGUGUGUUUUUUAUAUAUAUACAGUAGCGCACAGUACACAUGUUGUUUAUGGCACAGAGUAGACUUGAUCAGAUCUGAGGCCAUGUUAAACCUGUAAAGAUAUAGACGUCUAGAUUGUUGAACUAUUUUGACUAUUGAAAAAAAGAAAGCAGUUGAAAUAAAGUUGUGUAGUAACUUGCCUAA